AUGUGCAACUCAACCUAUGGCGACCAACUUUACUCACCCUUGUUUUAUGAUCAGCCGGCGGCCACGGUCCACGUCAAGCUAAGUCCACAUAAUCCUAACAGGCAACGCACGCCCCUUAAAAAGGAAAAAUGUGUUCGCAAACUCGAGAGCAUUUUCGAGGAAUGGAUCAGGAAUACGAAGCUGUUCGAGAUAGAAAAGAACAUGAUUAAAGAGGGAAAACAACCGACAAUAAAUGACCUGCCCGACAUACCGCUUGUCCCGCUCGAAAUCAUGAUUGAGCCUGACAGUGUCUUAGUGCUGGAACACAUUGAGUUUUGGGGGCCGGGGGUCAAGGACAUUCGAGGUUUUGAUAAGGGAUGCGAGAAGAAGGAAGAUCUAUGCCGGGGGAAUCUUUAUGACCGCAAUAGCGUGCUCUUCUUCCACUCAGCGGCAAAUGUGUCUUAUGUAAAUAUAAAGAAAGGAUAUGGUGUAGGAGUAAAAGAGUACAGAGCCCUGUGA